AUGCCGAACUUCAUACAUCAAGAUUGUGAACAUAAUGGUAGCAUAUGCUCAGCCUGCUGGCAGCAGUCCAUCGAUUCGCAAGUCACAGACCUGCCCACAGAUCGCGUCACAUGUGCCGAGUGCAACAGAACGCUACAGGAGCCGGACAUCAGGUGUCUCGCCAGCCGAGAGACAUACAACAAAUACCUCGACAAAGCCUUCAACGAAGCAAUGGCGAAGUCCGAGUACUACCGAUCCUGCCACAAAGCGAACUGCAGCUAUGGACACGAACACAUCACUGCCAAAGAAACCUCCAUCUUCCGCUGCCGCGCUUGUGGCAGUGAGUAUUGCGUUCCCUGCGAGAUGCCUAUGCACACGGGUCAAAGCUGCACGGAGUAUCAAGCCGAGCUGGAGACUCAGAGGAAGGAGCGGCAGGCUACGGAUGAUUAUCUCAAGCGGAGCUCAAGGCAGUGUCCCGGGUGCACGAUUCAUAUCGAGAAGAAUGAAGGCUGCGAUCAUAUGACGUGCGGAUUCUGUGGAUAUGAGUUUUGUUGGGUGUGCGAUGCUGCUUAUCGAGGUCCGGAAGGUAUUUUGACGGUUGGGAAUCAAGCACAUAAUACAGGCUGCCCGUAUCUACCGCACAAUCUUCCGUCUUUGGCGGAUGGAGCCGGGGGUAUACCGUAG